AUGCCGGAUCUUCUUAUGUUGGCUGUGGCAGGUGCUGCAAUGGUCUACGUCUGUAACAGACGUCUAGUUCUUCCAGCUCUUCAAUCUCCAAAUACUGCGUUGUCGGCCGCUGAAAACAACCUUGAUCAUAGUCACUGUGAAAGCCAGUUUACCACCCAUAAGCCUCUGACAGCAAAUACAACUGGCAAGCGUCCAGUACAAGCACAGAGAGUCAAUGUGAGGAGAAACAAGCGACACGACAAAACAUAUUUUAUAUUUACAAGAUCGUGGAAUGAAAGCCAACGUAAACUAUGGCGUGCCUGGGCGAUGGAUUCGUUGCGAAUGCUGACAACAUUGUUACUUGUGUGUUUCGCGGGAAUAACGUCACCUUCAUUACCAUCUGCUGUUUAUCUUCUUUCUUUCCUUGCUAUAUGUACUUACUGGGCUUGUCGGAAUGAUGCCAGCCCAUCUCUCUUCGCUUCUCUUCGCAUAUUUCUUGUGGUGUACAGCGGACUGCAUGUAUGUUUGUAUUAUUUGUAUCAAUUUCCUUUCUUCCAAGAAUUUUGCAAGGAUGGGGGCUUUCUGGCAAGGCUACUUGGUUUAUAUUAUAUAAUGCGCACCUCGUGCGAUAGACCUGGUGAAAUAAUAUUCCCAACUGGUUUCCGUAUUGUCGAUUGUUUGGCUCCACCAAUUACGAUGUUGUUAUAUUAUGUUCUUGUUCUUGAAACUCGACGCUGGCUAGAUGGUAUUUAUCUUCUGCAUAACAAUGCUAGCAAUUCAGAAUUCCCAACUGAAUUGUGGUGUAACAAUCUUGGCGGAAAUGUAGAGGGUGUGAAUAAUGAAGCAAAUAAUGAAGAAUCAACAUCUAAUGGAGUUUCAUGUAAUCCUCCGGUCUCACGCACAGAUAUGCAGUCUUCUGAAAAGUUGACAACUGUAACUUCUGUUUUGCCAGCUGACUGUGAAACUGAAGAUACUAAAUUAAAGUGUCAGUCCCCUAAUUCCGAAUUGCCUACCAAGCAGAAAAUGACUGAAGAUUCGAACCAUUCGGAACAAAAUACUGCUACGGGUGAGGAAGGACAGUCUUUAUUAUCGAGUAGAAGUGCUACCAGAGAAGAAAUCUCAGCAAAUGAUGUGUACGAUACUCUCAUUACACGUGUGGGUGACACUGAUCAAGCAGAUUUUGAACAUCAGGAUUCAGCAAAUAAUUAUACUGGUCAAUUUUUGUCUCCACCAGUCGUGGAACCUCAUUUUGAUGCUCUCUUUGGUCUUACACCUCCAUUUGCGACGUACAUGUACGGAUGGUCUGGAAACAAUGUUGCUACUGAACGCCCUUUUCUUCUCAGCUUGCACUAUUCUGCGAUUCGAAACAGUUACAUUUUGACGCUUAUCGCAAUGAUGGCUUGGGCUGUCAUUUAUCGUAGUUGGCUUUCGUUUAUUCUACUACUAUCUGCAUGUAUUUUAUGGAUCGUACCAAAAUCAAGAACAGCGUGUUUAUAUUCUAGUCCUCUGAUCGUCUUAUAUGCCAUUGUCUUAAUCCUCAUCCAAUAUGUUUAUGGACUAAAUCUGACACCUGAAGAACUACCACAAGAAGUAACUCCUGAUGGCCUUCAGUUAUCUGAGUUGGGGAUGCAAAGGUCUGAUCACUCUGUUGGUGCUCUUGCUGUCCAGAUGGGUUUCUUAGUGUGCUUUUGGUUGACGCUUAGAUUGUUUGUAAUGGAACGUGCAGUUAAGCGGUUACCUACAGCAAAUCGACGAGUUCCUUUAAAAAGCUCGGCUUUACAAAUUGCUCCAGCUACUCACACUACAUCAAGUUCAUUCCCAUCUGUUUUGAGGUUUCGUAGACGACCUGACAAGACAAAUAACAAUAGUCUUUCAACCCCGUUCUUAAAUCAAUCAGAUAAUGGUGAAACAACUAACAAUUAUAAUGCUGGUAUUUACGGACCUGCAGUAUCCUUCGGAACUGUGGAUAAUAAUGUUUAUAGAAAAUUCACUGAAUUUAUGCAUUCUAUAUGCGUGAAGUACUGGAUUGUUGUAUGUUGUAUGAGUAUGCUGUUAGUAUCAGUCCAACAACCUGUAGUCGUGUUUCGCAUUGUUUACAUGGUUAUGCUGAUCUACUUCAUGUUUAUUUUUCAGAUUAGUUAUUCAGCCUGGCGUCGUCAAAUGUUAUGCUUCUGGUGGGUGAUCGUGGUCUACUCCAUGGCUAUGCUACUGUGUAUUUAUACUUUUCAAUUUAAUGAUUCACCCAGCUUUUGGCAGCAUAAAUUGGGUCUCUCAUCUGAGAUCUUAAAAGCGUUUGGAUUGGAAACAUUUGAAAGUGCAGCUCUCUUUGAACGACUGUUGACACCAGUAGUAUUUUUAGUGGUUAUAAUCUUGCAAGUACAUUAUUUUCAUGUACCAUUCUUAAAGGCUUCAGCAUUGGAUCGUUUUCGAUUACCUCAAGUUUCCAGGGGUUCUGUUCAUUCACGAUCUGGUGUCUCCGAUGACCGUAAUUCAGCUACAUCUGUUUCUCCUAGUAGUAAUUUGUCUAAUUUCAUUGAGGAUGUGAAUUCAGCAUUUCAAAUUGUUGUUUCAAAAUUAUACUGUUGGGCUGUCAGUCUUACAAAUCACUGUUGGCGUUUUCUUGAAAUACACUGGAUUAAAGUGGUAGGACUGGUUAUAAUUCUUACUUGUAUAAAUGAAGUAUCAGCCGCAAAUAUUAUCUCGAUUAUAUUCCUAGUCAUUUGUUUCCCUUUUACAUAUUUGCACGGAUUUAUGACAACAGUUGUUUUUAUAUGGACCAGUGUUCAAAUACUCUGUAAAAUGACUUUCCAGUUAAAUGCUGUUAAUAUAAAUAUAUCUUCAUCUUGUUCCUUAAAAUACGACAACACAACCGCGUUGGACCCAACUGCAUGGAUUGGUCUUAAGAAGGUUGAAAAUUGUGGUCAGUAUAUCAUGCCCUAUGGUGCACUGAUGGUUGUUACUGUUAUUUGGCAUGCCAUAACCUAUAGACAGCGUCAAUUCUAUAACAAUGAUCGAAUCAAGCGUCCAGAUGAAGGGAUUGUAUUCCCAGGUGUUACAAUCAACUCAAUGGGUUACGACUUAUUGAAUGUGGUCAAAUUUGCUUUUAACUAUGGUUUUUAUAAGUUUGGCUUAGAGCUCUGUCAUUGUGUCACAGUUGUUACUGCGUGUUCUCGUGUAGACGCUUUCAGUGUGCUAUAUCUGAUGCUUAUGUUGGUGUUUUUAUUUACCCCGAGGCGAUUGUGUGCACGUCUGUGGACUUCUUACAUGGUCAUACUAGCUGCACUUAUUCCAAUCCAGUAUGCUUUAUGUGUUGGUUUACCACCUGGCCUAUGUCUGAAUUAUCCUUGGUAUACGGAUUCAGUGGAGAUCAAUAAUCUUUUGCAAUGGCUGUACUUACCAAACGAAUUUGGUGCACCAUCUGCUCAUAAAUUGACAGCGGAUUUCUUCCAGUUUGUUGCAGUGGCUUUACAAUAUCGUGUCUUCAAAGUUGAACAGCGACCUGAUGCAGAAAUUCAUGGUGGUGGUUCUAACCGUCCAAUUUUAAGUGACGAGUUACCCAAAGAAGGAGAUCGUGAUUUCGUCAGUACUAAAGAAUCUUACUUAGAUUAUUUGCGUCAUCUGAUCUUCUAUUGGUCUUACUGGGUCAGCUUGGCUGUUGUCCUCGUUACCGGAGUUGUUUGGAUUACACUAUUUUGCCUUGGCUAUAUGAUCAUAAGUUUUAUUUAUCUAUGGAUGGGUUUGAAUGUGAUGCUAAGAAAACGGACUAACUUGAUCAAUUCGUGGAAUGUGAUUAUUGGAUAUAAUUUUUGUGUUAUUCUCGCGAAGUGUAGUCUUCAACUCAUGGGUUGCGUUUAUUGGUCUCGUAUGGCUGAGCGAUGUUGGCUUAUUCAGCUGUUCGGUGUUCAGUGUAUGAAUCCUAUGUCAUGGAAUCAUUUCAACCUACCACUUGGGCAUGAAACAUCUUGUGCUGCUGUAUCAAGUGGUUUGCACUGGGAUGUAAUAUGCUUUAUAUUUAUCAUAUUUCAACGAAAGGUUUUCACAUCUCAUAGUUUUAGUCAUGUAUUCCUGGAUUUACAAGUUCAAAGUCAAUUUGCCUCUCGUGGGGCUUAUCUCAUCAAUCGAAAAUUAAUGUUGGCUAUUUAUGAACAAGCGAUGGAGGAACAGUAUAAUUUGGCGAAGGUUCAAGAAAAAAUUAAUCGUAUACAACAACGUCAAGAGGCAUUUGGACGUAGUAAUGCUAAUGUUACAGAGCAUUAUAUCAUGCUUCGUUCUGGAGAUUAUUAUCUUUUUGAGGGUGAUCCAGAAGAAGAUGAUAAUUUUGUGAUUCGUGAAACGCAUACUUCUACGCACGACAGUGAUCAUUCUGAGAGGAAUGACAGCCCACCACCACCUGUGACACGCUUACGUGAAAGUAAAAGUAAUUUCAAGUUGCCGAAAUUAUCUGUUGGUGCAGAUAAUGAAAGACAAACUGCGAAAUCAAACAUUCCUACUAUUAACAACCGUUCAUCCAAAUCUCAAGUUACUUUGGCACCCAGGGGAAAGAAUUACCUACGAGAUGUUUGGCCUAGUGCUGAUCCAAAUGUCUCAAGCAUCCUUUCUAAUUACACCGAUCCCUAUAGUACUAUUAGGAAAGAACACCAUCAGGCUCGUCCUAGCUCUCAUGGCCGGAUUGCUUUUGAGUCAGAAAGUCAUCAGGAAACACCCUUGCUUACUGACGCUCUUCGAGAUUUAACCCAUCCAGGACCUGUUUUAGGCCAUCGUCGAAUGCGCUCUCAUCCUGAAUUUUUACGACGGCACUUUGUUGGACAUCAGAAAAAUGUGAACUCCGUUGUACCCAUAGAAACAAACGAACCAGAUACAUUUGCUUCUAAAACCUCACUCCUACGUUCUGUGCAGACAUCCCCAUCACCGUUUAAUGAACAACUUAUUCAUCGGACCAAUGAACGCCGGGAUCAAAAUGGUCAUUCUCGGCAUCGACCUUAUGAAACUCACCGGCGAUUAUUUUCAGCAUCUGAAGCUAUAUCUCCUAGUAAGGAUCGUCCUAGUAGUCCGGAAAAGUUUACUCUCGUUCAAAAUACUAACCGAAAUCACCGAAGACCAACAAAGUUAUCGUUGUCUAGAUCUAGUCCUCCAAAGGUUCGUGGGUCAAGUGCUACGCCAAGUACUUCUUAUAUUCAGUCUCCACCACGUAUAACUAAAGCAUCAGAUAUGAAUCUUAGUAUUGACGGGAAUUCUGAGAAAGUUUUAACAGUAACAGAUUCUGGCGAAAAUCCUAUUGAUGUAGUCAUUGCAUCACCACAAUCUCAUGAUCCACUCAGUAAUGGUAAGAAUAAUUUCAGUUAUCCGUAUUUCGACGAUGGUCAAGAAGCAGAUAGAGACAGCGACGACGAAGAAGAUGAUGCUAACCCUCCAUCAACUCCGAAUACUAGACUGAAUCCUAUUCAGUUGUUAAAUCGGGCUAUGGAACUUGGUGCUCUUUCAGCUGUGAAACAGUAUAGACGGAGUUUACAUGCCCACUCUCAGGGUUUACGUCAACGAGAACAGGUUGAUAUGUGUCAAUCUCGUAUACCACCUAGUGGACAAGACAGUACAGUUGUUGGUGUAUUGCCAUCCUCUUCAAGUAUGCAGCAUGUCAAUGAAUAUACACUGGAGCAUGAGUCUUCGAAAGAUACACCUCAACUUACCCCAUAUGAAUUGGUUAAAAGGAGUUGUUAUCCACCAUCAAAAUCAGGCUUAAAGAAAUUAAGUGUACCUGACAUUUAUUAUGGAUUGAAGCCAACUGGAGUCCACUUUUCAAGGAAAUUGCUUAAACAGUCUAAUUCUCCACAGGUUGACGAAGAAGCAGAUCCUAACGCACAUUUUUACGUUAUUACUUCAGAGGACAAUCCAAGUAAACCGCUAAUUCCAGGAACUAGUCAUCUAAAAAGCAGAAAAGAGCAUCAUAGUGAAAGUAUUCCUUUGUUGGCACUUAAACCUGGUAGAAGUUCUAUUCAUCCUUUGGUUUCACCACCACCAGAAAAUGACUUAUCACAGUGUAAAACUUGGGGUAGUGAAGAGACGAAAUUUUACUUUAAAGAUAAACCUGGUUACCGAACCUCUGAGAACACAAGAAGAAAAUGGGAUUCCACUCAAAAGCUUCAUUCUUCUGUGUGCAAUAGUUCUAAACAGACGACGGACUUUGAACCAGCUGGUAUUUUAAAUCAGAAAAGAGACAAUCCAGAUACUAAACAUUUUAAUGAUGAUAAUGAUUUAGUUGAUAUCAAUGACAAUCAGUGCACUAAUCUAGAAGAAAAGAUACGUAGGCAUUCGGUUCAUGAACAUGCUGAAAGUUGUUGGAGCAAGUUCAAAGCAUCCUGUUUAAUAGCAUAUAUGUUUUUCUUAAGUUCUGUGGACAGUUUAAUAAGAUUUUUAAAUGGUUUAACACGUCAGUAUCGACGUAUUCGCAGGACGAUCGAUCAAGAAAAACGUUUAGUCAAGCGAAGAGUAAUCUCAAACAUUCCAUUUACCAGUGAACAAUCAAGAGUUCAGUUGGCAGCAGCUGUGCUAGAAAUCAUAUCUACAACACCUGAACGUCAUUUACCUCUUUCCAAUCGGCAGUUCGAUAUAUCUGAUUCACAGAAUAAUAAACACUUGAGUCGAACUUCAGACUCUUUGGUGCGAAGUCAUUCUUUAGAAAAUAUAGAUCAUCAGGAUCAUGAACGUGAGAAAGCUUUUCGUCAGUCACGUUCGUAUGCAUUUCUUCUUCUAAUAGCUGUUGGCAAUUUGGCUAUAGUUUAUUCAGAAUUAUUUUGUUAUUUUCUGCUUAUACUAAAUCAUAUGCGUUCUGCGUCAUUAUUGUCUCUACCUUAUCCUUUAAUGGUACUCCUCUGGGGUAUGUUAUCUGUACCUCGUCCAACAAAAACAUUUUGGAUAUUUCUGAUCACCUAUACUGAAGUUGUGAUUGUCAUAAAAUACAUAUUUCAAUUCAGAUUCUUUCAUUUUAAUGAUGCUACACUGAGACCGACUGAGUCUUCUGAACCUCUAUGGCUCCCACGUAUUCUUGGUCUAGAUAAAAAUGAUCAUUAUGCUGUUCUUGACUUGGUACAGUUAAUUAGCUUAUUUUUACACCGAGGAUAUCUGAAGGAUAAUGGUCUGUGGCGGGAUCACACUGAAUUCACGCAAGAUCUCGAAUUGAUUGUCAAAGAAAACAAGGCAGUUUUAUCUCAUUCAAAACAAGGGAUAAGUUCCCUACGGAUAGCACCUAGUCCUCAUUUCAAUAAACCACAAAUGGAUUUUGAUAUAGAUGAUGGGAUACCUACAGGAACCACCACCGGUUGCAUUCAACCAUAUGCUCAACCAUCGUGUCAUGCAAUUCCUUUUGGAAAGACGUGGAAUCCGCUUUUAAAACUCAGACGAUUUUAUCUAAAAAUGACUGAUCCGCGGUAUAAUAAGAAAGUUGAUGUUUACAUCUACAUGUUUCUGUGCGAGUUUAUUGCUUUUUGGAUUAUGAUACUUGGUUAUGUUUCAUUUGGACCAAGUACCGGAAUGGGUGAUAAUGCGCUUGAAUUUCUUAAAUCGAACAGAAUUCCUCUUCCGUUUAUUUCAAUGCUUCUGGUACAAUUUGUCUUCAUUAUAAUCGAUCGAGGUUUAUUCUUACAGAAACAAGUUCUUGGAAAGUUUAUAUUUCAAAUUAUUCAUGUUGUAUUAAUUCAUGGAUGGUUGUUUUUCAUCCUACCACAUAUCACUAGAACUCCAUUCACAUCUGGUCUGGCGCCUCAAUUGUUAUACCUGAUCAAGUGUGUGUACUUCUCCCUAUCAGCCUAUCAAAUACGCAGUGGUUAUCCUCGUCGAAUACUGGGAAACUUUUUAACCAAAAACUAUAACUAUAUCAAUUUAGUUUUGUUCAAAGGAUAUUUGCUCAUUCCGUUUUUGUAUGAAUUACGAAAUGUGAUGGAUUGGAUGUGGACGAGUAGUGCUUUGUCUUUAUACCACUGGAUGGAAUUGGAGGAUGUUUACUCCAAAAUAUUUAUUCUAAAGUGUUGGCGUCGUUCUGAACUUGCCUAUCCUACUCCAAGGGGACAAAAUCGUGAUACUAGUAAAAAGGCAUUGACUGGUGGUCUACUGUUAGCCUUCUUCUUUAUCUGCUUUUGGGGCCCAAUGGCUUUAACCUCAUUCAUUGGUGCUACAUUCGAUGUGAAUCCACCGGUGUUGUGUAGCUUCAGUUUUUCAUUUGGAGGUUUUCCGCCGACAUUUGAAUUCACUUCACGUGAAGGGAACAUAUUUACCGUCAAUUCAUCUGAACUAAGUAAUUUUAUUCGUUGUCAUGAAAAAGAUAAGCAAACUUUUGGGUUUUUACACAACUUCGAAUGGAAUGAUCUUCGCUAUGUGACAAUCGAUGGGUUUUCAGGCAAUAUAUGGGCUAUUACUCCACCUUCCUAUCAGGCAUUAAUGAAAAAAUUAAGCUCUCCUGAUUCAGAUCUGUUGUUGCAUUUUCAUAUGAAAUGUCGCAGAUCAACUAAAGAAAUUCAAUCUAGUCAUACAUCAGUAGAGGAUAUAUUCAGCAGGAAACUAACUCCAGAAGAAAAAUUACAAUUACUUAAGGUGGUGAACUCAACAGAUACCAUAUUUCCAGCCUCUGAUGUCUAUAACAACUUACCAAAAACACUUCUAACAAACAAUCCUAAUAUCACAACGAAUAGCUUCCUUUCAAAGUUGCCUGAAUCUAAGACCGAUUCAGUGACAUUGAAUGCUGUCUUACCAAGAUAUGUACUACUGAAAAAAGAUAGACUUCGUGGUGCUUAUGCUUUUCUUGGCAGUCAAAGUACUUAUGUAAAUGUUAGUUUUUACAUACACCAAGAUCAAAUAAGACGUCAAGCUUGGUGGGAAUUAAGAGAAAAAAUUAGUAGUCCAUCAUCUGAUCCAUGUUUUGAUGUGAUUCGACAUCCAACGUUGAACAGUAAUGCUAUUGACGCUCAGGUAUUAUCCCUAAUUACAUUCAAUGAACGUGUAUCUGACAGUCUUUUUGGUAAAGUGUUCAACAACUAUGGCAUCAUUGGUAUGUAUGCGGCAUACAUCUUUUUGGCUAGUCGUUUAUUACGUACCAUGUACAGUAACAUUUCCUAUGUAAUCCGUUUAGAAGAACUACCUCAUGUGGAUCGUAUUUUGAAUCUUUGCCAUGAAAUUUAUCUCGUACGUGAAAAUAAUUUACUACUAUUAGAAGAACAAUUAGUAGCAAAAUUAUUCUUCCUCUAUAGAUCAUCAGAAACUAUGAUCAAGUGGACUAGACAUCCGAGACACAUAAUUGAGCGAUUUACAAGUAAACCAAAUACAACAAAUGAUUCAACAGACAAUCAUCCUGCAGUUAAUUCAUCAUCUGCUGCUGGACUCGCCUCUACUUCAGGUAAUACAAGAAGUAGAAAUAGAAAUAAUCGAAGCGUCAUGAAACCACCUAUGCAUUCAAGACGUGUUUGUACUCCAACCGAAGGUAUGGCUUCUCAGCAGUAUCCAGGUAGUCGUGCGAAAGGUACAAACCAAACCACUAAUACUACUUCUACUAGAGUACAAUGGCCACGUGCAGAUAGUUUAAUUAUUGAAGAGGGGCCAAAUAUGCUGAAAUCUGAUUAGAUAAUCAAAUAUUCCAUUGUUGCUCCUUUAUGAUUAUUAAAAUGAUGAUUAUCUUUUUGAAAUUGGGUUUUUAAUAUUUGAAAAGAGAUUCCUAUAAUAUGUAAAGACUUGAAAAUCUAGAUUCUUUUGCAUUCUAUUCAUUUUAAUUCCACACAGUCUACUACAAUCUUUAAUUUUGCAUUUGUCUUUGAUAAAAUGAAUUUCCCAGUUUUCGUUCCCCUGAUUUUUGUUGAUUAUUCAACAGAUGAUCAGUUUCUGUGUGUCUGUGUGCGUGCGUGUGUGUGUGUGUUCGUGUGCUUGUACCCACGAGUGUAUGCAUACAGACGAUUAUCACAAUCGAAGUGCAUAAAUUUUCUCUGCCUUCAUUUGUCCUCAUCUCUCUCUCACCUUAUUAUUAUUAUUACUACUACUACUACUAUCUGUUGUGUAAGUUAUUCACCUUUAUUGUACAAAAUGUCAACAAUUUCAAUACCUAUAUUUAAUAGUAAUCAUUAAAAAUAUUAAUAAUAAAAUCAGAACACUAAUAACUUUUAAACAAAACAUGUUCGUGAAAUGAAAGGGCAUAAUUGAUAUUUUGGAACAAUCUUCUUGUUAAUAUUGGUAAUAUUCAUUCCACUUCUUCUCAUCCAUUCUCUCCCUUUUUUAGACCUUUUCUUAUAUCUUUAAUAUUUAUUUAUUUAUUUUUUUGGCUAGUGUUCAAGCCAGUGUUAAGCGUGUACCUAUUUAUGUAUAUUGAUGUUCUAAAGAAUAACUUGUUUGUAUAUUUACUGGACUAUUAUUGAUAUUGUCGUUACUGUAUUUAACAUUAUGUCCACAGAACAGAGAGG